AUGGAAUCCCUGAAGGAGGAGAAGGGCUCAGAGCUGAUCGGAGUGGCCGAUGUGAAGACAUUUCUCCAAGACUGUCAGAGCAUAGGGGUAGUCCUGCAAGACAAGAUGGUUCAACUCGUGGGCCUCGAACCAGGAAACUCAGCUGCUGGGCUGGAGUCAGACCAGCGCAAACUGUCUGCAAUUGAGAGAGAGGUCCUAGUGAUGGAGAGGAAAAUUGAAUAUUUGAGGAGUGUUGCUAAAAUGAUUAAGGACACCAACCCUGCAGAGAGCAGGGCUAUCACAGAGCAGGUGGAAACCAUGGAGAGGCUUCUCACAAAGCUCAAAUUGGAGACCAAAAAGAAGUGGGACGAUCUGCAGCAGGCACAAAAUCAGCAGUCCUUCCUGCAAGACAGCCGCAGGCUCUUCCUGUGGGCAGAAGGCAUCAGGGAGCUGCUGAGAAGUGAAGAAAUGGGUGUGGAUGUAGCUUCUGCAGAGCAAUUGCUGAAGGAGCAUCAGGACCUGCUGAAGGAAAUCAGGUCUCAAAAGGAAAGAUUUGUGCUGCUGGAAGAACUAGGGCGCAAGGUAAUCCACGAACAAACCAGUAACAGUAGGACCACAGAGGUCUUCCAGUCCGUGGAGAGGCUUGCUGAGGAAAACAAAGAGCUGGAGAAGAUGUGGGAGCAGCGGCAGAAAAAGCUGCAGGAUGGUCUGGAGUUGCAAAAGUUCAACAGGGAGGCAGAUCGUAUCAAUGCAGCGCUCUCUAGCCAUGAGGCCUUCCUCCGGGGAGAUGACCUUGGGGACCAUGUUGAUGCUGUUCGAAGCCUGCUGAAGCGUCAUGGGGAAUUUGAACAACUGCUGAUGGUGCUGAAAAAACGAGUUGAAACACUUAAUGAGAAUGGGGUGAAACUAAUAGAGAACAGACACUUUGCAUCUCACAU